GCUUCCAGAACAUACCUUAACAUUAUGGGAACAGGGAUUAAAAGACAAAACUGCUCUUCCCAAAUGGUCCGAACUGGACGAAUUCCUUACCAACCGUCAUAGAACUUUAGAGUCAGUAUCCGAAAUUCGAAGUUCUUCUAAUUCAAAAGGCAAUGAUUCGAAAUCUAAAUCCAACAACAAUUCGAAUUCCAAACAAAAGGUUCAUAGCUUUCAGACAAAUGUAACUGGCUUUAAAUGUCAGUUAUGUCCUAAAGAAACUCAUACCAUUCGAAGAUGUCCUAAAUUUCUGAAAAUGGACCAUCAACGAAGACUAGAUGAGAUUAAACGAGAAGGUUUGUGUUUGAAUUGCUUUUCAAAAACACAUAGUGUGCGGAAUUGCGUUAGUAAACUUAACUGUUUCAAUUGCAAGAAGAGACACAACACCCUUCUUCAUAAGGAAGCCGAUGCUCCUCAGUCAUCUCAUCCAGUCCCGAGUCCAAGUCCAAAUUCUACAAUUAAACCUAGCUUAGCUCCAGAUACUCAUCCAAAUCAAAAUAAUAUUCCGUCCACUCAUAGUUCUGGUUCAGUUAGCGUUCAAAAUUGCUUUGCUUCAAAUACUAAAGGAGUAUUAUUGGGAACAGCUUGGGCAAAUAUCUGUCAUAUGGGUAUAACAUACCAAGUUCGCGCCUUAAUAGAUUCGGGAUCAGAGGGAACUUUCAUAUCUGAACGGGUUUUCCAUCGUCUAAAACUUCCCUCUCAGUCUAUUGAUGUCCAAAUUUCUGGCUUGAACGAAACUGUUUCUGCUAAAGUCCAAUAUCAAUGUUCCUUUGUAUUGGGUUCUCAAAUUAAUAAUGAUAUUGCGAUUCCGGUAACGGCUCUUGUAGUUCCUCACCUGUCAAGUAAUCUCCCAGCACAAACAAUUGCAUAUUCAAAAUUUUCGAAUCUUCCUCAAAUCCAGCUGGCUGAUCCUAAAUUCUAUUCCAGUUCGAAGAUUGACUUAUUGAUUGGUGGUGACAUUUUCCCAUCUAUUGUUUGUUCGGGAAUCAAGCAUAAUGUAUGCGAUUCUCUUCUGGCCCAAGAAACCAUAUUCGGUUGGAUUCUUACAGGUCCUGUCAACCAUUCAACCAAUCCAAGUCCCACUACUAUAGUCUCAAACUUCUGUGAAAUUUCCUUAGAUAAGCAAAUUUCACGCUUUUGGGAGGUGAAAAAUCUUCCAAGGAAGAACUAUGAGUCCCAUUCCGAUAAAGCUUGUGAAGAACUGUAUAUACGUACCACGCAAAGAAACGCUGACGGAAGAUACGUUGUAUCUCUUCCAUUCAAAGAGCAAUUUCCAGAUUCAUUGAACUUAGGCCAUUCCAGGUCCUGUGCCAUGGCACAGUUCUUUCGUAGUGAGGCAAGGCUGAUCCGAACACCAAAUUUCAAAGUUGAUUAUGAUAACGUGAUCCGUGAAUACGAAGAUCUUGGUCACAUGGUCAAAGUUAAUUCAGACAACCUAUCGAACAGUCCACAUGUAUAUUAUAUUCCCCACGAUGCCGUUAUCAAACCAGAUAGUAUUACUACCAAAGUUCGCGUGGUGUUCAAUGCCUCUGCUCCAUCAUCCAACGGCCAAAGUUUAAACUCUUUGCUCCACAUAGGACCGGUUUUACAAAAUGACUUAACUGCUCUUAUUCUAAAAUGGCGUUUUUUCAAAUACGUUUUCAAUGCCGACAUUCAGAAAAUGUACAGGCAGAUUUGGGUAAAUCCUGAACAUACGCGAUAUCAAAGAAUAUUAUUCCGUAGCAAUCCAAACAGUCCGAUCUGUGAUUAUGAAUUGAAAACUGUCACUUUCGGUGUUAAUUGUGCGCCAUACCUUGCCAUUCGAACAUUACUUCAAUUAGCAGAUGAUGUUCAAUCCACUUAUCCGAUCGCAAGUUCUAUAUUACGGAAUUCGAUGUACGUUGAUGAUGUGCUUGCAGGAUCUCAUACAAAGACCGAUUCCGUUAAAGCAAGAAAUGAGCUAAUUCAAGCUCUGCAAUCCGCUGGAUUCUUUCUAAGAAAGUGGACAUCUAACUCCAAGGAUAUUUUAGCAAAUAUUCCACAAAGUUCCACAAAGACUUUAGGUAUCCGAUGGAAUGCGUGUUCGGAUGAUUUCUACUUUGUUGCAAAUACUUUUCCGGAAUCC